AUGGAAAUAAUUUUGAAAGAAAUCGAAAUUGAAAAGCUAAAGGAAAAGGCUUUAAUCUCAAAAAUUCACCGUGAAUUCUACAAAAAUUACUAUCUUUACGUUCCAUAUAAUAAAGAAACUGGAAAAGCAACUAUUUCCGUAAAUUCUUUUAUAGAAGAAGAAAUAAUCACAAACAAAGAAAAAAAAAUGUUUGAAAGGCUUCUCAAUAAUAUUGUAAACGAUUUUGGAGGAGAAAUUUUAUUGCAAAAAUACAUUUACUUACAACAAAUUAAAUUUAAAAUUGAUUCAUGUUCAU